GGUUCCUUUUGUUUACCUACUUUAUUUCUUUCACUGAACAUUGAUAAAGUUAAUAUAGAGAAUUCUAUGAGAAAAAUGACUUCAAAGUGUGAGGAUAUAGCAAAUAAUGAAGAAGAAAGAGAAACCAGACUUGAGGGGGCUACUAUUUUGGAGAGAAAUAAAUAUGAAGCAAAACUAAGAAAGGUAAUUCAGCAACGUAAAGAAGCAGAGGAAAGAGAAAUACAAAGAAAAUUGGAGUUACUUCGUAUAAAAGAAGAGAGAGCUAAAUCGGUUCUAAAACAAAAGGAAGAAAGGCUGAGGUUGCUGAAAGAAGAGAAGUACAGGCGGAGAUUAUUGGUCAAGGCAAGAACCGAACAAAGGAAGAAAGAAGAAGAGGCAGCAAAGGUAGCUUUACAGAAAAAAAUUGAGCAAAAAAAUAAUAUCAAGGCUGGAGAAUCAUUUCAAAAAUCUUGGUUUUCUUUUCCUGUAUACUUGACCCGACAAGAACCAUCCUUUCCACCUGUUGAAUAUGAUCUCAAUGGAGACGAUUACGAUUUAGAUGAUGAUGGUUAUAAGAAAAAGAAGGAAAUUCCUGAUUGGAUGUUGGCAUCAAAUGUUUCCAAACAGGAUAGCAUCCAGAAUAACUUAGGAUUCAGGAUAACGAAUUCUCUCUUCUUCUGUAGAGGUCAGGAUGUUGACUUGAGAGAAUUAUUCAAAAAAAUUAAUCCAAAAUUAUUGAAGAGAACAGAAAGUGCUACAUGGGAAAAUCCUGAACAUUUUUCUGACUGACGAAGGUUCUAAUCCAUUCCCUACUAUUGUAGCAUUAUGAAGCUUUAAAAAUUCCAAAUGAUUUAUUUUUAUAUACAGUAAAUGAAUAUUUUUAAGAAUGA